CAAAUUCGUUCCGAGGAAAUAACAAACAAAUCUUCCGUUCGCCUUACGGAACACGAUUGCUAACUCAUUUUGCUAGCUUUGGGCAUAAUUCUGUGUAGUAUUCUUCUGAAUAAUUGUGAAAAAUCAUGCUCUCAGCUUGUCGUUUUAUCCAGCAGAGUGGUCGGAGGACAAUUCACACCGCUGUAUCUAACAUGGCGCAGCUCAAGAUUGCUAUCAUCGGACAGUCGCAGUUUGGCUUGGAAGUGUACAGGAACUUACGAAUUAAAGGGCACGAAAUUGUUGGUGUGUUUACGGUACCGGAUAUCAAAGGGAAACCGGAUAUAUUAGCAGCAGGUGCAGAGGAAGAUGGGGUAAAAGUGUUCAAGUUCCCGCGAUGGAGAACGAAAGGCGAACCGAUUGCAGAAGUAGUGGACAAGUACAAAGCUUGCGGCGCCGAGCUGAAUGUUAUGCCGUUCUGUUCUCAGUUCAUUCCAAUGAAUGUCAUUGACUUUCCAAAGCAUGGCUCCAUUAUCUAUCACCCUUCCUUGCUACCAAGACAUCGUGGGGCUUCUGCUAUUAACUGGACUCUUAUGGAGGGUGAUAAAAAAGCUGGCUUCUCAAUAUUUUGGGCAGACGAUGGCCUAGACACAGGACCUAUUCUUCUUCAAAAAAGUAUUCAAGUCGACCCCAAUGACACAGUUGAUACUCUGUACAACAGAUUUCUCUAUCCCGAGGGUAUCAAAGGCAUGGUUGAGGCUGUAGAGCUGAUUGCUAACGGGAAAGCCCCCCGUAUAACACAGCCAGAGGAGGGCGCUACAUAUGACAAAAUCUGGAAAAAGAAAGAAGUUGCAAAGAUAAACUGGAAUCAGAAUGCUGCUACUCUCCAUAACUUUAUAAGAGGGAAUGACAAGCUGCCAGGAGCCUGGGCCCUAAUAAAUGGGGAGGAAGUGACAUUCUAUGGCUCUAAAUUGGGGCCAAAGGGCAAGACUCCGAAAGGCUGCGAGGUUGAAAUUGACGGCCUUGAUCGCCCUGCCAUUGUUCACAAGGAUGGCAUGACAAUCAUUGGCUCUGAUGAAAAGAUGCUUACUGUAAAAACACUCCAACUUGCUGGUGGCCGGAUGAUUGAAGCGUCCAAAUACGGCCAGGAGGAAGAACACAUGGCUCCUCUGGAGCUGAAUGAGGAGGAGACAGCAAUAGAGGGAAAGCUGAAAGCCAUUUGGGCAGGUAUUCUAGCAAACCCUGAUAUUAAUGAAGAGACUGACUUCUUCAAUGCAGGGGCUGGUUCUAUGGAUGUUGCAAGGCUUGUUGAGGAAGUAAAACAAAAGUGUGGGGUUGUUAUUGAACCAGAGGAGGUGUAUCUUAAUACAAGGUAUCCUGCAUUUGUGCGGAAAGCUAUUUUGAUAUCCAGGGGAGAGGGAAAGGAGGAGUUCAAGUGCAGCACUAUUGACAUGGACGUAAACUACAUGACUAUUCACAUGCCACACCAGCUGUUUAUUAAUGGGGAGUUUGUGGAUUCUCAUCACGGAAAAACCUUCAACACAAUCAACCCCACGGAUGGAACUGUCUUGGCACAAGUAUCCCUCGCGACACAUGAAGAUGUUGACGAUGCUGUUGAUGCUGCAAAGGAAGCAUUUUAUAAUGGGCCUUGGGGAUCCAUGAAUGCAAGAGACAGAGCAACUCUCAUGAACAGGCUUGCAGACCUGAUGGAACAACAUAAAGAGGAGUUAGCUACGAUAGAGUCUCUAGAUUCCGGUGCUGUGUACACCCUGGCCCUUAAGACACAUGUGGGCAUGUCUAUUGACACCGUCAGAUACUUUGCUGGGUGGUGUGAUAAGAUUCAGGGCCUCACUGUCCCUGUGAACAAUGCCAAGCCAAACAGAAACCUUUGUUACACCAAACGUGAGCCAAUUGGGGUAUGUGGUCUCAUUGUACCAUGGAACUACCCCCUUAUGAUGCUGGCAUGGAAAAUAAGUCCCUUGCUUGCAGCAGGGAAUACUGUGGUCCUCAAACCAGCACAGGUUACACCCAUGACUGCUCUGAAGUUUGCAGAGCUUGCAGCUCGUGCUGGUUUCCCUAAGGGUGUUAUAAAUAUUCUGCCUGGUUCAGGCUCAGUUGUUGGAAAUCGUAUCUGUGAACACCCUGACGUACGCAAACUUGGUUUUACUGGUUCAACUCCUGUUGGAAAAGCAAUCAUGGAAAGCUGUGCUACCAGUAACCUGAAGAAGUGCUCCCUGGAGCUUGGGGGGAAAUCGCCGUUGAUCAUCUUCAGUGACUGUGACAUGGAGAGGGCAGUCAGGCAGGGAAUGAUGGCAUGUCUCUUCAACAAAGGAGAAAACUGCAUUGCUGCUGGUCGGCUUUUUGUAGAAGAAUCAAUCCAUGAUGAAUUUGUCAAUCGACUGGUUGACGAACUUAAAAAGCUGAAAAUUGGAGAUCCCCUGGAUACUGCCACUGAUCAUGGGCCACAGAACCACAAAGCUCACCUCGAUUCGCUGGUGGAGUACGUGAAGCGAGGAGUGGAGGAAGGCGCCAAGCUAGUCUAUGGUGGGAGGCACCUUGACAGGCCAGGCUUCUUUUUCGAGCCUGCCGUGUUCACCAACGUGGAGGACGACAUGUUCAUUGCCAAAGAAGAAUCUUUUGGCCCAGUGGUCAUCAUCUCCAAGUUUGAUGAUGGAGACGUGGAAGGCGUGUUGGAAAGUGCUAACGGCACCGAGUAUGGCCUUGCGUCUGGCGUCUUUACUAAGGAUAUGAGCAAGGCUCUUCGUGUUGCUGACGCCCUUGAGGCUGGUACAUGUUUUGUGAACACGUACAACAAGACGGACGUCGCGGCGCCUUUUGGUGGCUGCAAGCAGUCAGGAUUUGGCAAGGAUCUCGGUAUGGAAGCCCUGAAUGAAUAUUUAAAGACGAAAGUGAUCACGAUUGAGUAUUAGGAGAUUAGUAUGGAGUAAAGCACAAAAGAGUAUUUUCAUUAUUCUUAUAUUGACUGGAAUUUUGAAGAGGUGUGUGUAGUAUAAGUGUACAUAUGAGUCUACGUGUGUUACGGAUUACGACGUGCUACAGUGCAACCAGGGGCAAUUUUUUUAUGUUAUCAGACAUCAGCUGUAAGCUGUUCCUAUUUUAUAGAUAGAAGUCCUGUGUGUCAUUUGCCGUUCAAUGAAAACUGAGUGGCUGUUAAUGGCGUGGCUAUUGUGAUAUCUUAACAAUUAUACCCAUACUGUAUUCAUAUGUAAGUGGAACUAUAAAAAAUAUAUGUGUUUAUACAUUUAUCAUUAUAGGCUUCCAAUUAAAGAUGUAUAACACAUUGACCCCUCAA